GGCGUCCCGGGCCGCUAGUUCCCUCGGCGGCGGCCGCGCGCGGCCCGGGGUCGCCGUGAGUACUCACGAGGCCAGCCUAAACCAAGCAGCAACAGCCCUUGGAGAGAGACUAAGGUUUCUUGACCUCCACAGUGACAGAGAGCUUGUGAAAGUUGGUACUUCUGGCCUACGCUGCCAUCAUCCUACCACCCAGCCCAAGACAGCCCAGGCUGGACAUUAGUGCCUCCCUCUUUAUUCCUCUGUGAUCAUCCAGAUCAGGAUCUGCCUUUAUUUUCAAAUCUCACAAACACAGCCGCCAGAUCUUCAUAUUCUGGUUCUCGGCUACUCUUGAAGGACAGUGACUUGUUACCACCACAACAGCAGAGCCUGCCUUCCUCAGCAGAUCUCCAGUCAGCCCCUGACAUCUCCCCCUCCCUCCCUUGUCUCCCUUUGUGGCCUCCUAAAUGCCCAUCUCGUUGGCCUGGGUUCAACUGGUGGUAUGGAGGGGUGCUGCCUAGCACUGACCUGGGAGUGUGUGUGACCCACUGACCCAAUGGACAUCAAAGGCCAGUUCUGGAAUGAUGAUGAUUCGGAGGGAGAUAAUGAAUCAGAGGAGUUUCUCUAUGGAGUUCAGGGGAGCUGUGCAGCUGACUUAUAUCGACACCCACAGCUUGAUGCAGACAUUGAAGCAGUGAAGGAGAUCUACAGUGAAAACUCUGUAUCCAUCAGAGAAUAUGGAACUAUUGAUGACGUGGACAUUGACCUCCACAUCAACAUCAGCUUCCUCGAUGAGGAAGUUUCUACAGCCUGGAAGGUCCUCCGGACAGAACCUAUUGUGUUGAGGCUGCGAUUUUCGCUCUCCCAGUACCUUGAUGGACCGGAACCAUCAAUUGAGGUUUUCCAGCCAUCAAAUAAGGAAGGAUUUGGGCUGGGUCUUCAGUUGAAAAAGAUCCUGGGUAUGUUUACAUCCCAACAAUGGAAACAUCUCAGCAACGAUUUCUUAAAGACCCAGCAGGAGAAGAGGCACAGCUGGUUCAAGGCAAGUGGUACCAUCAAGAAGUUCCGAGCUGGCCUCAGCAUCUUCUCACCCAUCCCCAAGUCUCCGAGUUUCCCUAUCAUACAGGACUCCAUGCUGAAAGGCAAACUGGGUGUACCAGAGCUUCGAGUUGGGCGCCUCAUGAACCGUUCCAUCUCCUGCACCAUGAAGAACCCCAAAGUAGAGGUGUUUGGCUACCCUCCCAGCCCCCAGGCAGGUCUCCAGUGCCCCCAGCACGUGGGCCUCCCUCCCCCAGCAUGGACCUCUCCUUUGGUCAGUGGUCACUGCAAAAACAUCCCCACUCUGGAAUAUGGAUUCCUUGUCCAGAUCAUGAAAUAUGCAGAGCAGAGGAUUCCAACAUUGAAUGAGUACUGCGUGGUGUGUGAUGAGCAGCAUGUCUUCCAGAAUGGGUCCAUGCUCAAGCCAGCCGUCUGUACUCGUGAACUGUGCGUUUUCUCCUUCUACACCUUGGGAGUCAUGUCUGGAGCUGCAGAGGAGGUGGCCACUGGAGCAGAGGUGGUGGAUCUGCUCGUGGCCAUGUGUAGGGCAGCUUUGGAGUCCCCCAGAAAGAGCAUCAUCUUUGAGCCUUAUCCCUCUGUGGUGGACCCCACUGAUCCCAAGACUCUGGCCUUUAAUCCUAAGAAGAAGAAUUAUGAGCGACUUCAGAAAGCUCUGGAUAGUGUGAUGUCGAUCCGGGAGAUGACCCAGGGCUCAUAUCUGGAAAUCAAGAAGCAGAUGGACAAGCUGGAUCCCCUGGCCCAUCCUCUUCUGCAGUGGAUCAUCUCUAGUAACAGGUCACACAUUGUCAAACUACCUCUCAGCAGGCAGCUGAAGUUCAUGCACACCUCACACCAGUUCCUCCUGCUGAGCAGCCCUCCUGCCAAGGAGGCUCGGUUCCGGACCGCCAAGAAGCUCUAUGGCAGCACCUUUGCCUUCCAUGGGUCCCACAUUGAGAACUGGCAUUCGAUCCUGCGCAAUGGGCUGGUUAAUGCAUCCUACACCAAACUGCAGCUGCAUGGAGCAGCCUAUGGCAAAGGCAUCUACCUGAGCCCCAUCUCCAGUAUUUCCUUUGGAUACUCAGGAAUGGGAAAAGGACAGCACAGGAUGCCCUCCAAGGACGAGCUGGUCCAGAGAUAUAACAGAAUGAAUACCAUCCCCCAGACCCGAUCCAUUCAGUCAAGGUUCCUGCAGAGUCGGAAUCUAAACUGUAUAGCACUUUGUGAAGUGAUUACAUCUAAGGACCUCCAGAAGCAUGGGAACAUCUGGGUGUGCCCUGUGUCCGACCAUGUCUGCACCCGGUUCUUCUUUGUAUAUGAGGAUGGUCAGGUGGGCGAUGCCAACAUUAAUACUCAGGACCCCAAGAUACAGAAGGAAAUCAUGCGUGUGAUCGGAACUCAGGUUUACACAAACUGAGGGGGCCCCAGCCCUCGUACCACCCCCGUUCCCCCAGGAUCCAUUUGCCCUCAUAAAAGGGCUCAGGAGCAGCAACCGAGGCUGCCCUGAGGAAUCAAGAGGCCAUUACCAAGGGGCAGGAAAAGGAUAGAAGAGGCGGCCUUCAUGGUGGAGACUGACCCAGGAACCACUCCACAUUUGGAUGGCCCAGACUGACUCCCUACCCGAUUUUCCCAGUUGACUUCACCCUGUUUGUAAAUAAAACAAUAAAAUGGAAGGUGCUGUGGAUUGGAUAUGAUCACUGUGGUCUGACUAACCUUGGCCCAGCACCUGCCCCAAGCCCCCAAAUGGGGGUGGGGAGAGUGGAAUAUCAUGAGGGUUCGGACUAUUUAUGUUGGAUGGAGUCAAAGCUAAGUCCAUCUAGUAUAGUAUACUACAGAUCUGUCAACAUUUUAAUCAACGGAUUAGAUAAAGGAAACUUAUGCAGAUGAUACAAACUGAGAAGGAUAUAGAAUACCACUGGUGACUCUUCUUCAAGGUUUAAAAGGACCACUGAGGCCAAAGCAGCUCAGAUUUCCUAUCCUUAGGACCUCUACUUUCUGCACAAAACCUAUCUGCUCUCCCUUGUUCUGUGUCUUGGGGGCUGGGCCAAUAGCUUCUCCUCCUCAGGAGAGCAGGAGAAAUAGCUUCUCCUCCUCACAGCUAUUUCUUUAGGAUAGGGGAGGUGAGGGGAGAGCUGGCAGGUACAGGAAACAGGUUGUUCUCUAACUUGAAACCUAUAAAGAGAUCCUAAGGAAAUAAAGCCUCCCUUAAUGAAACACAAUCCAAAUUCUCCAAGGAUAGCAAUGUGAGGGAAGACAGCUGUUUCUAGGAGACCUAACUGUUUCAGUGGAAGCCAUCUCCCUGUUGAAAUUCCCACUGCCAACCUUGUGCUGGCCUUUAGGCUGUGCUCUGUGUAGCUAAAACCCUAAGUUAGUUCUAAGAGACAGGUUGGAUAUUGCCAAAUAUUUUAUGAACUAUUAAUGAAGAAAACAGGAAUAUAAGCACAGAGACUACAAAAAGCAUUAAACAAGCCUGGCUUUUAAGUAUAGGGUUUUUAAAAUUGUUAUACCUUCUUGAUUUAUAAAGCCUGUGCUAGACUACCUGUUGUCAUUCAUUACCUUCAUCCUACCUUACAGGUAACCUUCUUUGCCUGGGUAUCUUACCUGCUUUGUAGUUAAGACUACAAAGCCUGAACUUAACAUGGAAGUACCAUUCUUAAUGGUCCAUCCCCCUAGGAGCUGUUUCUUAAACUUCUUUAGCCCCCC